AAACGGACAAUAAAUAAACUUAACUUUAACGAAACGUUACAAUAAUAUAAAAAUCAAAUGGGUAAUGUAACCCAUUAUCUCACAGCGAUAAUUGAAAGGAAAAUUACUCUAAAGAUUAUUAUAACUAUUAAAUUACCUACUGAAAUAAUUAAGAAUAGCUUUUCAAUUAUACUGAAUAAAGAUAGAGUUAUCAAUUUUAACUAAUUAUUAGCAGUUGUUUCAAGAUCAUUAUGAUCGUUUAUUGAGACAAAUAUCUCUGUUUGAAUGUGCCACAUCAGGUUAUCUUAAUGUUGACGAUUAUUUGAGAGAGAAUUGAUUUUGCGACUAUGUGACUUGUCCAAAGAGCGCGCUGCCCUUUCUUUUUUUAGAUUUCUCUCCAUAGAAACCUCCUAGGAAAUGAUAACCAGUCUUACAUAAUAUAUAAUAACUUAUGCAACUGACUAUGUAUUAUUUUCAAACACAAAUAUUUAGUACAAUUGUUAUAUUGAGCAUUUCAAUAAGAAAAUAAUUUAUCUCUAAAAUAAAUUAACGUGCACGGAAAAAUGAUAUAAUGCACACAACCAAAAAAAUUUAGUAAGCAACCUAGCUGCAUCCUAAUUAUUUUUGAGCGAUCUUUGCUAACAUUUGAAGCAAGAAGUUACAAUUUCUACGAACAUUGGAAAAUGAGUACUUUGCAGCAGCCAUCGAUCUUAAGAGGUCAGCAGACAGGAAGAAAUCAGAAAAAAGAUUUAGUGCAUGAAUUAUUCAGUCGUGCAGCAAAAGUCCAUCCAAAUCAAACCGCGUUAUAUUACGAAGAUGACGCCGGCCAGGAAUACGUGGUGUCUUUUAAAGAAUUGGAUAACAUCACCAAUCAGUUGGCACGAGCUUUACAAAAGUACGAAAAGACUGAAACAACUUCUCAGUCAUUAAUAGCUGUCUGCAUGAACCCGUCGCAUUGGUUUCUAACUGUAUUACUUGGUGUACUGAAAGCAGGAAUGGCUUAUCUACCUUUGGACGCGGAAUUUCCGAUGUCUAGAGUAAAACACAUUCUCGAAGAAGCACAACCAUUAAUAAUGGUGGUCGAGAAAGGAGUUUUAUCUAUUAUAUGUAGUUUUACUGCUUUUAUCUAGAAGAUAAUCAAUUAAAUGAAAUGUGCCAAUGUUUUACAAUAUUAUGUUUGUUAAU